CAUCUUGCCUGGUGAGUCUUCUCGCUCUCAAAACAAACCCCGCCCUGCCGCCGACCGCGGUGCCGGAAGUCCUCUGACGUCACACUCCGGAUCAGCAGGCGGCAGCGGAGUGCUGCUGAAACCGGAAGUAGAUAUAUGUUACAGUCCAGGAAGAAAGAAGAACCACAACAACAAUGGCGGAGAGCGGUGACACGAGCCAGAGCGGCAAAGUCAGGCUGUAGAGACACCUGACGACAGACAGGACACACCUGAUUGACCUGCUGCUUUGCUCUGUGUGACCAGUCCUGGUCUGCUGGUCUGCUGGUCUCCUGGUCUGCUGGUCUCCUGGUCUCCUGGUCUCCUGGUCUCCUGGUCUGCUGGUCUGCUGGUCUCCUGGUCUCCUGGUCUCCUGGUCUGCUGGUCUGCUGGUCUCCUGGUCUCCUGGUCUCCUGGUCUGCUGGUCUCCUGGUCUGCUUGUCUGCUGGUCUGGUUCAGGUGUUGGAUGCAGGGCGGCAGGCCGGUGGUGGAGGUGGUGCGUCUGGGCCUGGUCUCCUACCAGGAGGCUCUGUGGCUGCAGCAGUUCUACGUGAACCGGCAUCGGUCCGGUCCAGCUCACACUCUCCUGCUGUGCCAGCACCCUCCGGUCUACACCACCGGGAUCCGCCACCAGCCCUACCCGGCCCCCCUGCUGGACCGCCUGCGCCUGCUGGGGGCCGACGUGCAGCGCACCAACCGAGGAGGCCUCAUCACCUUCCACGGGCCGGGACAGCUGGUCUGCUACCCGGUCCUCCACCUGGGCAGCUUCAAGAAGGUUUGAGUUCAAUGUGUAAUAAUGUCUUGUCUAAUGUCUUGAUGCAUACAGGGUCCUUAAAAAGUCUUAAAAAGUCUUAAAUUGCUUUUCCAAAAAAUAAGGCCUUAAAAAGUCUUAAAUUGUCUUAAAUUCAGAUUGGAUUGGUCUUAAAUUUUGUGGGUGUCAUGUCACUGCGAAUAUGAGGCAAUCUGUUCCACCAGGUCUAAUAUUUUGCUCCGGUCGCUCUGGUGUCACCGGGGCCACGCCCCUUCUCUUAAAGGGGCCCCGCGUAUUCGGUCCCAUCCCCGACAACGUGAAGCAUCGGCUACUUUAGAAAACAUGGGGGAUGCAAGUUCAACAACGGCUUGAAGAGAACGAGUGUUUCUGGUCCCGGUCGGUGAAAUGCUUCUGAAGCUGCGUUGUGUGUCGGGAGACUUUCCAGCGGUGGAAUCUCACGAGCAGAGCAAGAAGCACAGAGACUAGCGAAGGCCGCCA